GUCCUUCUAUCGCGUCCCCCGCUGUCCAUUGGUGAGGCCAUACCGUGCUUGGGGCCUCCUGCCUUGCCCGUCUUUAAUCAUUUGUGCUCUCGUCGCUACAAGUCAACGCAUUAUCAUUGUCACCGUCACCCUCCGCUCCGCAAAAGAAUUCUCCUCACUCCUCAAUUGAUCACAUCCAUCUUUCAACAUGCCGCCGCAUCUACAUCCCCGGUCACGGUCAACGUCCUCCCUCUUCGCCGGGACGCUCCUGGCUUCCUUGGUCGUCGUCGGCCUACCACAUGUCUUUCCCUGUCCCGCCCCGCGUCGCACAUUCGCCGAUUCCGAGAUGAUAAUGUCGGCAGAUGGGCAACCAAUUCAGAGAAUUCGCAGAAGACGUCGGAAAGACGAAGAACUUCUCAGCCAGGAUGGAAAUCCGCUCGCCCAGACGCAGCCGGCUGCUGAUGAGGAGGUAUCUACGUUUCUACAAUUAGAAGAAGAAGCACAGAGAUUGGCCAAGGCAGGCCACGAGUGUCCAGUUCCCAAGCCGCGAGGAAUUUUGGGCGAAUUGCUGGGUUUUACGAGUAGUGGAGAUAUGCCGACAUCGACGACGACACAGUCACAACGGGUUGGGGAGGGUCGGUAGCGGACAAAAGGAAAGCGGGAAGGACUCAAUUAAGGCUCAACUUGGCCUUGAGCAUGUACAGCGUGAAGGAUUUAUGGAUUCCACCAUGAGAUAAGCCAUGAAGCAGUCGUGUUGGCUUCGACGGAGGUUGGCUUCGGAAAUUUUCGGCCGGGCACAAAAUCUGACCCAUGGCAGCAAUAUACCCAUCUUUGUAUCGAUAGUGUACCUACAACUACUGUCUACUAUAUGAUUAUGCAUACGCG